CGCAGACGGGGAUUGUGCGUCUUGUCGAUCAGUGGAUUCUUACAGUUUUGGUCGCGCGAGUCACAGGUGUGAGCGAAUCUCUUUAUAAUACUGUGGAAAUUACUUGUUUGGCAACUCUUGAUUGAUAUUUGCAAUGAUGGAUCCAGCCAAUUUCACAGAGAGUCCACUCCAUCUCAACUCAACCGAGGAAUACUACUAUUACGAUGAUGAGCAAACGGAGCUCAAGAAAUCUCUGAACAUAAUGUCACUUAUAGUCUACAGUCUGGCUUUUGUACUUGGAGUCGUAGGCAAUGGCAUUGUGAUUUGGGUAACUGGCUUUAAAAUGAAGAGAACAGUCAACACUGUCUGGUUUCUUAACCUGUCUGUAGCAGACUUCCUAUUCACAGCCUUUCUCCCUCUCAGCGUGGUUUAUACAGCUAUGGACUUCCACUGGCCUUUCGGCCAGUUCAUGUGUAAAUUCAACAGCACCCUUGCUUUUCUCAACAUGUUUGCGAGCGUUUACCUCCUGGUUGUCAUCAGCAUUGACCGCUGUGUGUCUGUGGUGCGGCCAAUCUGGGCACAAAACCAUCGGAAUGUGAGUCGUGCUUCGGUUGUGAGCUUCGGCGUUUGGCUGUUUGCGCUAGCGUUGAGCUCACCCUACUUUGUCUUCAAGGAUACUGCACCUUCCCACACCGAUAAAAACACAAUCAACUGCUUCAGUAACUUUGCACUCUCUGAUGAUUAUAAAACACCAGAAGUGGUGGCGCUUCGUAUUUUACGGCAUCGUGCCAUGAUCAUCACACGUUUCUUGUUAGGCUUUGUGGUGCCCUUUGCAAUCAUUGUAUCCUGUUAUGCUGUUAUAAUCUGUCGUCUACAAAAGAACCGAUCAAUGUCUGGCCGGACUGGACGUCCCUUUAAGAUCAUUGCUGCUGUGAUCACCGUCUUUUUCUUGUGUUGGGCUCCGUACCAUAUUCUGGUCCUCAUUGAGAUGGUAAACCAUACAGAAACCACCCUUCAGUACAUCAACAGUCUUGGAAUUCCCAUUGCAACCAGUUUGGCAUUCCUAAAUAGCUGCUUGAACCCAUUGUUGUAUGUUUUCAUGGGACAAGACUUUAAAGACAAGAUGCGCAAAUCAAUACUGAAGGUCUUGGAAACGGCUUUCACAGAGGAGGUUUCACGCACAAACACCCACACAAAUUCAAUGCAAACCAUUCGGAACAAAGAGCAAGGGAGUAAGUCCUUCUCGGAUGCAGAAGUAUAGCUAACAGGCACGAGGCAUUGAUGUAUCAAAGAGGACUUUGCAGAUACUCAUAAUUACUGUCAGCAUAUUUGUAACUGAGAAGCUUUAGCUGGAAAAACUGGACAAAAAUAAUUAAAGUUAGUUUGAAGCUUUGCAUUAAACACUGCCUUGUGAUAAUGGAAAAAGUAUACAUUUUCAUUAUUAAUAUACCUGUAAAGUAUUGCAAAUUAUAUUUUCAUAUUGUAUACUUUAAAAAUAAGUAAAAUGAACUACUUCAUGUUAUGCACAUGCAAUAAUAAACUUUAAGCCCCAUUAUAGUA